GACGCACUAUAUAUGGCACCGGAGGUGAUAGGCUCUGACGAUCCCAAUCGGUUCACCACUAAAUCCGAUGUGUUUAGCGUCGGUGUUAUCGGUCAACACGUGUUUGAUAUCAAUAUCAAAGAGUAG